UUUAGUGCUCCCUGAAUGGGUAAUUGCCUGAGUACUUCAGGAAAAACUAGACUGCAGGCUGUACAAGACUCGGGAUCAAAAAUGGUAUUGGUUGCAAGUGAUCCACAACAGAAUGUUCUAUCUAGGGUUGUUAGCCUUCCCUUUGUGAGUACCACCUAUGAUAUGGUAUCUUCUGCCUAUGCCAACACAAAAGAUAACCACCCCUACCUGAAGACAGUAUGCGAGAUGGCAGAGAAAGGAGUUAAGACAAUAACUGCAGUGGCCCUGACAAGUGCUAUGCCAGUCAUCCAGAAACUGGAGCCACAAAUUAUGGUUGCCAACAACUAUGCAUGCCUGGGACUGGACAAAAUUGAGGAGAGGCUGCCAGUGCUGUAUGAGCCAACUGUCAAAGUGGUUGCCAAUGCUAAGGAUGUAGUUGUUGGAGCAAAAGAUGCUGUAACGACUACUGUGACUGGUGUCAAGGAUAUUGUUUCUCACACUAUUACUGGAGUUGUGGACAAGACAAAAGUAGCUGUGCAUGACAGUGUGGAAAUGACCAAGUCUGUUGUGAAUGGGAGCAUUAAUACCAUCCUGGGAAGCCAUGUGAUGCAAAUAAUGAGCAGCGGGGUGGAUAGUGCACUGAGCAGGUCAGAGACUCUUGUAGACCAGUAUCUUCCACUUCCUGAAGGGGAGCUAGCAAAAGACGUGACAGAGGUUGAAGGCUUUGAAGCUGGAGUUCAAAAGCAGAGCUACUACGUUAGAUUAGGUUCCCUAUCUUCUAAAGUCCGUGCACGUGCCUACCAACGGGCCUUAAACAAAGUUAAAGAUGUUAAACACGGGAGCCAAGAGACCAUUUCACAGCUCAAUAACAUGGUUGGUCUGAUGGAGUAUACCAGAAAGAACAUGAAUAGUGCCAGUCAGAAACUUCACGAUGCCCAGAAAAUGCUAUAUCAGUCUUGGCUAGAAUGGAAGAGAAGCACAGGCCAAAAUGAUGGUGAUGAAUCGCAUAGUGCUGAGCACAUUGAGUCACGCACACUAGCUAUUGCACAGAGCCUGACUCGGCAGCUCCAGACCACCUGCCUCGCCCUUAUGUCAAGCAUACAGGGAUUGCCACAGAACGUCCAGGAUCAGGCCCACCAUAUUGGGGUGAUGGCAGAUGACAUCUACAGAAGCUUCUGUUCUACUUCCUCUUUCCAUGAAAUCUCUGAUAACAUCCUUGCCACAAGCAAAGAACAACUGAAGAAAAUGAAGGAGUCUCUGGAUGAUGUGAUGGAUUAUCUAGUUAACAACACGCCACUCAACUGGCUGGUAGGUCCCUUUUACCCACAACUGGCUGGGUCUCAGCAUGCUGAGCACAAGGGUGAAGGGGAGGAAAAUGCCAGCCAGGAAGACAAACAGCCUGAAACCAGCACAGAUUAAAUUUGUAGCAUGUGUACUUUGCAGUCUGACCAAACGAGGUGAAUUGACUACUCUAGCAGUCGGGUCAUUGGUUGGAGCAAAACCAACAAGAUAGAUUAGACUAAAGCACUGAACUCUCUCUUCCUAACCCCAGGAAAGGACCUUUGCUUGGAGAUGGACAUUAUUGUCCUGGGAUAGCAGUGCCUCAUGCAAACAGUAAGUGCCUUGAGGCUUGUAAGCUUCUGCUAUUUACGGUAGACAAGACGCCUUGUUUAGCUACCUGGUUAAGAAGCCUUAUACUGGCUGAUAGUGAAAGUACAAAGUUAGCUUAAAUAUAACUUGUGAAAGCCAGAGUUCUGGCUAGUCUAUGAUCUGUGCAGGAGAAAAGCCAAAUAAACCAUUUUUAAUAGUCUCAGCUACUAUACCGUACAUGGGACUUUUGUCAGACUUGUUUUGAACAAGUACAGAUUGAGCACUAAUCUUUUUAUAGUUUUUGAUUUGGACACUUGUGACCUACACAGCUACCUAUUUCUUUAAAGACAAGAUACUAAUGUCUUAAUGAGGAUUUACUACUUGUUCAGGUCUGAGGGGUUUCUAAUUUGGUCAGGCAGAGCUACCAUUACAAAAUGGUAGAAACCAGAUUCAUGCUGUUUGUACCAUGGUGCCUACUCCCUGUGUGUCUUUGUAGUGCCUCCUUGACCUUGUUUGUAACACUCUUUUGUAUGUUAGUAAUAAAUGCUUCAGCAGCCAAA